UGUGACAUUUGACACCACAACUAAUGAACUAAACAAAAACAACCUUCACUCAACUACCAUUCACCAUUGAAGAAACGAAAAUGGGGAAAAGUAACGAAGAAGACAAAUUAAGUGCACUUCCAGACUCAAUUCUCACCGAAAUUCUUUCUCGUCUUCCAAUCAACUCCGCCGCAGCAACCACCGUCUUAUGUCACCGUUGGCGCCACCUCUGGACCGGAGUCACCCGCCUCAACUUAUCCACCGACGGCUCAAAUUUCGCCCAAGACGUCGAUAACAUCUUAGGUCAGCUAACUUCACCUAAAAUUUCUAAUUUUGAACUCAUUUUGUCUUCGCCAAUGGAAUUGCCUGAACAAGGUGACGAGUUAGAACCACUCUUCCUUGAUAUUUUUCGGCGAAACGUUGAGCAUGUUUAUAUUGAUGUUCAAUGUUGUUUUUAUGAGGAGUUUUUUUGGGUACCUGCUUGUUUGUUUACUUCGCAGUCUUUAAGAGUUUUGGAAUUGCAUGGUAUGCUGAAGUUUGAUUUGCCUGAAAUCAAGGAUGUUGAUGUCUUUCAACUUCCUAAUUUGAAGAGGCUUAAAUUGGAUUACGUUGCUGAUGUUCCUCUCUGUUUGGGGAUUCUAUUUAAGUCGUGUCCGUUGUUGGAAGAUUUGGACUUAGGGUUUAAGCUAGAUUAUGUAGAGUCCUUAAUUGACGGUCCUGUGCAUAUUAGUUGUCCCAAUUUGAAGUCAUUGAGGGUUGAUUUGGAAUCGUCGAGAAAGACUGAAGCUGUUCGAAUCCAUAUUGAUGCGCCCAAAUUGACAAACCUUGACAUUAAAGAUUGUUUCUCAUUUUAUUACUUUGUCCAGAAUCCAAUUACAUUAGCUAGAGCAUGUGUUGAUUUGAGGAGGGAUGAUUGGGAAUCAGCAGAAGAUGAAGAUGAAGAGUUAGCAGGUGGAGAGAUUAUAUAUCUUCAACAUAUGUCCACGUUUAUUAGAGGAAUGUCUUCUGUUAGCAACCUCGACCUCAAGAUUGAGAGUAGUACGAAUAUUUUAGCUUACCUUAAUUCUAUGGAUGAUGGGUUUCUACAAAUGUUUUCUAGUCUAACUCAUUUUGAAACCACCUUGAAUUUUAUCGGACUCAAUGGAUGGAAGGAUUUUCUCCUUUCAUUGCAAUGCUUUCCCAACUUAAAGCAUCUUAAGGUGAAAAUGGAAGAUGAUCCACCACUUGAGCACAAUAAAUGGUGUGUACCUAAUUGUGUUCCAGAUUGUUUGGUAAGUACACUUAACAUAGUACACAUUUCGGGACUUCAUGGGAGCGAGGAUGACCUGAAGUUGCUAGAGUAUGUUCUAAGUAACGCAAAUAAUUUGGAGGAGCUUUAUUUACAAAUGUUACGAGUGUCUAUUAUUGAAGAACAAAAGGCAGAUGCAAUGUGGCAGGAAUUUCAGUUCUGCAAGUCCUUGUUUAAACUUCCAAGGGGCUCUUCAACUUGUAAGAUUUUGUUUUCGGGUAAUUAUGUCACAACAUCAAGUAAUGACUUCAAAAGAGGACGCCUCACAUGUCAAGUACAAGUAUACCUGGGUGAUUGAUACUAUCUUAGCAAGUUCUUGUUCUUCAAAGGCCAGCAUUUCGGAAUAUGGUUUGCAGGUUUAUAAAAGCUGUGUAACUGUUGAUGGGAGAAAAGCCGAUGAAUGUUGUAUUCUAUUUGUACUACCAAAAGAUGGAGAUGACGUGGAUAUAUGAUUGUUGGCUUGUUCAUAAUGGUGUUGCUUCUCUGUUGUUGGUCAUUGCUGCUGUGUUCCUCUUACUGAUGUACUACUGUUGCUGUGCUCUUCUGUUGUGCUGCUGCUGCCUUUUGCUGAGUCUCUGCUGCUGCUAUGCUGUUCGCUGCUGUUAAGUUAGAGUUAGUUUUAUUGUUAAUACUUAGUUUUAAUGUUGUUAAGUCGGACUUAGUUUAUUGUUGUUGUGAUGCAGUGGUGUCGCUGCCCAUUGUUGCUCUAUUUGUUCUUGUUUAGGCUGCAGGCUGCUUGUCUAAUUGUAAAGCAAUUGCUGUUCAAGUUGUCUACUUACAAUGGUUUAUUAGUUUUUAUAAAUUGUUGUGCAGUUGGAACUUUUGGCACUGCAAUGAGGCAUACUAUUAUGUUGUUUAUUUGAACAAA